UCGGCUAGCAUGAAGAGCAAUCUUGCGGCAUUUUGGGCAGACAGGCUAUAUCUUAUUGUCAAUGAGGUUUCAAUGGUCGGUCAUGCUUUUCUUGCGAUGUUGUCAUACAUACUCUCAGUUGCAAAGUCUGCAUCUGGCAGCGGUCAUAGUGACCAGGCAUUCGGAGAAGUCCAUGUCAUUAUUGUUGGAGAUUUCCAUCAAUUUCAACCUGUAGCAACUCGAAGAUCUGCUCCAUUAUUCUGGCCAUGUGACACUGCAAGGGACACCACAGAUGAGCAGCUGGGUCGGAAUGUUUACGAGGAGUUCACAGUGGUGGUUCAAUUGAAGGAACAAAUCUAUUGGGAACAUGUUCACUAUAGGAUUUCUCAUGAACACCACAUCAGGUUGCUUCGUUCACUUACCAUCACCAAUCCAAAGUGUCCUCCAACAAGUUUCAGUAUACCACCAUGGAAUGAUGCAGUGCUCAUAACUCCUCGUCAUGCUGUACGCAAACAGUGGAAUGCUGCCAUGGGCCAAGAGUUCUGCAGGAGAACAGACAGACAGUUAUUAGUAUCCGCUGCAUAUGACACAAUCCAUGGAUGCCCACUGACAUUAGAAGAAAGACUUGCGGUGGCAAUGAAGCAGAAGAAAGGAAGCAGCCAAGAGGCAAGGGGAGGACUGCCACAUGAGGUUGAUGUGAUGGUCACAUUCAAUGUUGAGACAGAUCUUGAUGUGGAAAAUUGUAGCCAGCUGCCGCUGCCAUCUGCUUAUGCAUUCACUGACUACAGGUCACAAGGACAAACAAUCAGUCACUCAAUCAUAGAUAUAGGCACUCCACAAAACUCAAACUGUUUAAUGCAUCCAUCCAAACAUCUCAGAGGAUGA